UGACAAGUCACUCGAAAAGCGGGUCUCAUAGGACACCAAACGUCUCAAUCGUCUAUCAACAUCUAUAUCUUAGGAAAUUCUACGACAUGAAGUUUCACAGCUUGGUCGCGUCUCUGUCGCUAUUGGUCGUCGCAGGAGUGAGUCACGGCCUCCCAGCCGCCGUCACGGCCCCUCCUCAGGUGGCCGCUCAGUGCCCCUACACGCCGGGGCCGAUCCCUCUGCUGCUGCCCAACCCCGUCGACUGCGGCUCCUUCUACAUGUGCAGCUGGUACGGGACGGCCCUGUUGCAGCAUUGUCCUCCUAUGCUGCACUUCAACGCCAAGCUGCAGGUGUGUGACUCUCCUGCUAACGCUAACUGUGUCCAGAGAACAACAGCUGCUCCCGUCUCCAGCACCACCACUGCUGCCCCAAUAUCUAAUGUGACUUCAGCUGUCCCUGUCUCCAACGUGACUACAUUUGUUCCUGUCUCCAACACAUCUACAGCUGUCCCAACCUCUAAUAGAACUACAGUUGUUCCAAUCAACAAUAUUACCACAGCUGUAGCUUCUGCAGUGUGACCAAACCUUUUCCAAACUCCACUUUAACCGCAGUUGUAUCCUGCUGCUCUAUGUAUUCAGUGUCCCGGGUAACUACACCUGGACCAGACUUCAGAGUACGAUUAGUCAUUAUCAAGAUGGUUCUUAAUGCAACCCGUAUUUACUUCGCAAUAAACUUUUUUAGAGUAAAAACGUUAUCUUUUGCAUUCGUUCAUUUCGGGAUUCUAACUCCAGAUGCGGAAAAUAACGUAUAUGAAACGGAUGAAACAAACUCUAAAACUCCAGAAGAAAAUAGACCAUAAACAAAAGCAAAAAUCAAGUAGAUUAUGAUAGACCUUCUUGAGGUACACAAAUACCAAUAGUAAGAGCAGUUACUUAAUGGAUAAAGAACAAGUUUAGAAGAUAAAAGGAAAAUGUUUGAGAAAAUGUUAAGAAAAAAAAAUAGUAAAGUAAUGAAUGAAAGCUUAUAUUGCCGAACAGAUUCUACUAUAUCCUCGUAAAAAAAUCUGAAGGAAAAGGAUA